UAGACUGACUGCGGAGUUGCUUUCUCUUUUUUUUUCCCUUUUUUUUUCUUUUUUACUUGUGAUGAGCAAACUACUUCACUAUACUUUUGACGCCAUCUUGAUCUCAACUUUACUAGCAGGCAUUAAACGAUCGACUGGAUUACAAGUAGCCACCUCCAAAAUAGAAAGCAGUACGAUUCGUGAUUAUGUAGACAAAUAUCUUAAUUUCGGUGAAUGGGUAUUUGAUAUGAGUGUUGCCUAUCUAAACCAUUCCUCAUACUUUACUAAAAACAACAAAAGACACUAAAAAAAAAGAUCUUUUCUUUUACUGAAUAAAAUAGAUUCAUGCAGCCAGAUCCAUGAUGGCUGCAUAAAGCUCACAGACACUUCCCCCCCCCUUUUGUCUCAAUAAUGAUGAAAAAAUAGCCCUAUCAUGCGCU